AUGGCAGACAGUGGAUUAAGACCAGCAGAUGCAUAUAGAUUAAUUAGUAGUGAAGCAGGUGGAGAAGAACUUGUAGGACACACUCUGACAGACCACUACAAUUACAUUUCAAGGAAGAAGAUGAAAGAAAUUCAAGGAGGUGAUGCACAAACUGUAAUAGAUAAAUUAUACAAAAAGCAAGCAGAAGAUGAAGAUUUCUUCUUCAGAUUUAAGUUAGGAGGUGGUGAAAAUGAAAACAAACUGAAUGCUAUUUUUUGGAGAGAUUCUGAAAUGAAGGAAGAUUUUCAAAUUUAUGGAGAUGUUGUUGUGUUUUAUACCACAUAUAGGACAAACAAAUAUAAUCUUAUUUGUGCCCCUAUUGUUGGUCUCAAUAAUCACUGGCUAAAUGUAAUGUUUGGCUGUGCUUUUAUUGCAAAUGAGAAAAAAGAAACUUUUGAGUGGGUAUUAGACACAUUUAAAAAGUCAAUGGGUGGUAGUGAACCUGCUUCAAUAUUUACAGAUCAAGACUUGGCAAUGUCUAAAGCAAUUGAAAAGAUAUGCUGGGAUUCUAUGAUUGCCAAAUACAAACUUGAAAACAAUAAAUGGUUUAAAAGGUUGUAUGGUCUGAGAGAAAAAUGGUGUACAACAUUAAGUAAAGACUUUUUUUCUACUGGUAUACUAUCAUCACAAAGAAGUGAAAGUGCAAAUAAUGCAGUUGGGUUUAAGGCCAACAAAAACACAAGCCUGACAGAUUUCUUCAAAAUUUUCAAUCAAACAGUGAAGAGGUGGAGAAAGAAUGAGUCUGAUGCUGAUUUUAAAUGUUCAAAUUCCAACCCAACUUCAAGUAUUCCUUUUAUUGGAUUACUUAAACAUGCUUCUGAAUUAUACACAAAAACUAUUUUCACAUAUUUUGAAACAGAAUUCAUGUACUCAAUUGGAUGCAUAACCUAUCAUCAUGGUACUGUGGGAGAUUUUUAUCUUUAUCAGGUGCAGAUUGAGUAUGAUGACAGCAGCAGGCAAUAUGUUACAUUUAACAAAGCUAAAAACAAAAUAGGAUGCUCUUGCAAGAAUUUUGAAGAAAUUGGAUGGCUUUGUUAUCAUUGUAUAAAGAUUUUGCAUCAUCAUAAUGUGACAAGAAUUCCUAGCUUAUACAUUUCAACAAGAUGGUGUAAAAUGGCAAAAGCACAUGUUUGGAAAAAGAAAGAUGAUGAUGCAGCAGAAAAAGAAUCUCAGCCAGACAAAUUAAUGCCUUGGAGACAUAAUGGCUAG